AUGCAGACCCAGGAGAUCCUUUCCUCAGCCUCGCAGAGUGCAGACGCAGGAGAAGGCUCCAGCGACAAGCCGCCGCAGCUCUCGAGCAGCUCCUCCUCACCUUCGCGGAAUGUGCUGCAAGAGGAGGCCCUACAAGAGGAGGCCGAGAAAGAGGCCGAAGCGGCCGAAGCCGAGAAGGCGGAGCUUGCGAAAGAGGAAGAGGCAAAAGAAGCCGAGAAGGAGCUGCAAGAGGAGCCCCAAAAGGAGCAAGAGGCUCCAGCUCCAGCCGAUCAGGCGGAGCAGGCGGAGCCGGCGGAGCAGGAGCAAGAGGCACCAGAAGCACAGGAGCCAGGAAAGCCCAGCCCUCCAACAGAGCCUGAGAGCUCUGAGCCCACGGCCAGUGCCUCGGAGGCAGAAGAGACAGCUCGAAAAGAGCCCUCAGAGCCCUCCUCAGCCGCAGAUUUUCUGGUCACGGUUCCUCCGGAGGAAGAGCGGAAGCCUGUUCAGGACCGGCCCCGGGAAAGCAAGUCCUCAAGCGCCUCGCCCGCAGUUCUGAAAUGUAUUGAGGGCUGCUUUCUACUGUUGCUUGUAUCAUAG